AUGGAACAAGGCGUGACAUGCGAACACCUGAAUAAGCUUGCAGAUGUUCUCGGGAAGGAUUUGUGGCAGUCUAAAGAGGUGUUAACUUGUUUCGACUGUGGGUGUCCAGGACCCAACCUCUGGAUUUGUCUGCAGCCAGACUGCCACCAUGUCGGUUGCUCUGAAGUCAAAAAUGAUCACAGCACUUUACACCAAAAAAACUUUUCGACGCAUUGCGUGCAUAUGAACGUGUCGACGGAGCGGAUAUGGUGUUACUUGUGCGAGAAAGAGGUUCACAUCAGAGCAGCUUUGGCGCGCGCGUCGAGUCCAGAUUCAACAUGUGUCGAGAGUCCAGGGCGGCUCGACUCGGUUGGCUUCAGCAUGGUAGACGACGAUCUCGACCCAGAUGACAUGGAUUAUGAUGAUGACGCCAGACCCAGGGGUCUAGUGGGUCUGCAGAACAUGGGCAAUACGUGCUAUAUGAACGCGGCGCUGCAAGCGCUCAGUAACACGGCGCCGCUGACGUCAUACUUCCUCGAGUGUGCUGCGGCGGUCGCUGUGUUAGCCGCUGAUAAGAAGCCGGGGAUAAGCAGAGCAUACCAAAAAUUAGUCAAAGAGAUGUGGAGUAGAAAAACAAGAGGCUACGUUGUACCUAAUGGAAUCCUUUAUGGCAUUCGUAAUGUGCAUCCAAUGUUUCGCGGUUACCACCAGCAUGACACGCAAGAGUUUCUUCGAUGCUUUAUGGACCAGCUGCACGAGGAACUCAAAGAACCGGUGUUCGACACGUCGGAAGACAAGCUGAACUCGGAGGCGGACGGCGACCACCAGGAGACGCGCUCCGUGCACGUGCGGCGCCGCGCCGCCAGCUCCGGCGGGGAGAGAGUCUCGAACGACGCACCUUUAUUUGCAAGGAUGAGAAGAAAAUCACCGGCACCGUCCUCGUAUAGUGAAUCACGAACCGAUGGAUAUUUAAGAGUAUCUCAGGACCCACCGUCUCGUCACCGCCGAUCAGCCAGUUUUGCUGGCACACACCAACUUCAGUACCAUUUAUACACACAACAAACUAAUGGGCCGGAUUUAACAUCUCGUGGUCCAAAUCAAGCACUGAACGGUUCGGAAUCGGAGCUCUCGUGGUCGAGUGAAGCCGAGGAGCGGUAUGAGACUUGUUCUAGCGGUGCCAGCGAUGCACCGGAUCCUAGGACAGAAACCGCCGGCGGCGGCGCGGGGCCGGCGCGGGGCGGCGGCGACGGCGCGGCGGGCGGCGCGCGCUACCGCUCCGUCAUCUCCGACGUGUUCGACGGCAAGCUGCUCUCCUCCGUGCAGUGCCUCAUCUGCAACCGGGUAUCAACGCGGGUGGAAACCUUCCAAGAUCUAUCCCUCCCUAUACCUUCACGAGAGCACCUGGCAGUCAUUCGAUGUCAGCAGCCCAUCCUGAAUCACCACGCGCCUCAUGGCGCUCAGGAGUCUUGGGUACGUGGGCUCCAACCUUCGCGUGAACAAACUAGUAGCUUGGAACCUGUUAGCUGGACCACGCCUUUGACGCCUGUUUGGUGGUUACUGAGCUGGCUUCGAUCCUGGUUCUACGGACCAAUCGUCUCACUGCAGGACUGCCUCGCUGCAUUCUUCAGCGCCGAUGAACUGAAAGGCGAUAAUAUGUACAGUUGUUCCCGCUGCAAUAAAUUACGUAACGGUGUGAAGAUGUCAGGUGUGGUGCGUUUGCCGGAAGUGUUGUGUGUUCACCUGAAGCGAUUCCGCCACGAGCUCAUGUUCAGUGCGAAGGUCGGCGCCAGGGUCUCGUUCCCUAUCAACGAUCUUAAUAUGGCACCGUACACACACAAAGACUGCACAUCAAAGAUAACCCGAUACGAGCUAUGUGCUGUCAUCUGUCACGCCGGUACAGCGGGUGGGGGGCAUUACACGUGUAUAGCUCGCAACGGUCGCGGCUGGUACAUGUUCGAUGAUCACGCUGUCUCGCCGCUGCCAUUGCACCACCUGCCUCAUGCCGAGGCCUACGUGCUCUUCUAUAGGAAAAUCAACCCGCAAAUGACCAACCUGCGUCAGAAGGCGGCCGAAAUAUUGGAGUCAACGAGUGCCGAAACCAAUGACAUCAAAUUUUAUAUUUCGAAGCAGUGGAUAAACAAAUUCAACACAUGGGCGGAGCCUGGCCCCAUAGACAACAGCGACUUCGUGUGCUGGCAUGGCGGCGUUCGGCCUGAGCGUGCUCCACAUCUUCACCAUCUAGCUGCGCUAGUGCCACAACCUCUCUGGGAGUUUCUAUACGAGAACUUCGGCGGCGGGCCAGCCGUGUCGCACGUGCACGAGUGCGGCGUGUGCGCCCGCGCCGCGCUGCGCCUGCGCACGCGCCGAGCGCGCGAGCUCGCCGCCUUCUGCGAGCUGCACGCCAGCUUCCAGGAACAGGAGCGCCCCCACGCCAUAUAUGCUAUCAGCAUGCAUUGGUUCCGUCAGUGGCAAGCCUUCGUGCGAAACAAAACGCAGCAACCACCUCCACCUGUUGACAACACAGGCAUCGUCACCAAACAGGAGGUAGACGGCACAACUGUAUAUUCGCUUAAGGCGGGCUCCGACCACGCCCAGUUAAGCGAGGACCUGUGGAGGUUCUUCACAAGCAUCUACGGUGGAGGCCCAGAAGUGAAGCUAAAGUCACCGACUGCAGCGAUAACUGUGCAAACAAACGCUGACAAAGACAAGGCUUUCGAACGCCGUAUGUCGAGGAAAUAUUCAGAGUCGGACAAGGAGGAGUACUGUACGAAAUCCACUUCAGAGAUGAACAUAAGAGAUACAGUACAAGGCGAACUACAGAAGAACCAGUCCCUCCAAAAUAUCAACCGACGCUACAAAGUAAAGACUGCGGCAGAUUCGGACGAAGAUGUCGCAUAUAGACGUACUAGUUUCCAGUACAAACGACACGAGCCUAAUGGAAAUUAUCAAGAUUCUGAUGACGAAGACAUGGACGUUAGUCCAUCGGUCUAUGUGAAUACGGUCCGCAUGGAAAACGGAGUCGACAGCUCCGAUCACGAUGCCAAUGACAACCCUCUAUAUCCUACAAUAAGCAAGAAAACAGACAAACUGACAGACUCUGACUUACCAAAUUUAGAUAGUAUAUCCCUAAAAUCUAAGCCGUCGAAGAGCGGUAAAGUGAGGAAAAUGAAAAAACGGACGAUGAAAUGA